AUGCGGGAGCUGCGUGGCACCACCACCACGCUGACCAGGGAGCAGCCGGUGUGCCGCGGCAACCCAGUGGCCAUGGAGCUGGGCAGCGGCGGCGGCGGCGGCCGCGCCGGCCUCGUCAACACGGGGUACUGGGGAGUGUCUGUGGAGGCGGGCACCCGCUACUCCCUGUCUCUCUACCUGCGAGUCCCCGAGGGCGCCGGCCCCUCCAACGCCACCGUCUCCCUGCUGGCCGGCGGCGACGAGGCCGGCGGCGUGCCGCUGGCGAGCGCCAGCUUCACUGGGCUGACCCUGCAGUGGCAGCGGUACCGCGCUGAGCUGGCCAGCAGCGCCACAGACCACCAGGCCCGCCUGGCGGUGCUGUUUGACGGGCCCGGCAGGCUGGCUGUAGACUCAGUGUCACUGGUGGCGGCGGCCAACGCGGAGCAGGGGCAGGCGCAGGGGCUGCUCAACCCCUGGCCCUUCCGCGCAGACCUGCUGGCGGCGCUCAAGGCACUGCAGCCCAGGUUCCUGCGCUUCCCGGGCGGCUGCUACGUGGAGGGCGACUGGCUGCGGGGCGCCUUCCGCUGGAAGGAGGCGCUGGGGCGCAACGAAGAGCGGCCGGGGCACCACAACAGGCACGGCUCCUCUCGGGGCAUGUGGGGCUACUGGUCCACCGACGGCCUGGGCCUGUUUGAGUACCUGCUCCUGGCUGAGGAGCUGGGGGCGGAGCCGGUCUGGGUGGUGAACAACGGGAUCGCACACAACGACCAGGUCGCCACUCGCGACAUCUGGCCCUGGGAGGCGCUGGACGGCAUCGAGUUCAUCUCCGGCCCAGCCAACUCAACCUGGGGGGCGGUGCGGGCCGCCAUGGGGCGCCCCCAGCCCUGGCGCCUCAACUUCCUGGCCAUUGGCAACGAGGCCAGUGGGGCGGGGGCCCGCGGGCUGCAUGCGCCGCCCGCUGGCCAGCACGGCUUGCCGGCAGCGGCGGCAUCAGCCGCGCCGCGCCACUGUCAAUGGAACUACCUGGCUCUGUACAGCGCCAUCAAGGCCGCGCACCCGCACCUGCGCCUCAUUGCAAACUGCCACCUGGGCGACCUUGGUCCCACAGAGAUUUGGGAGUAUCAUGUGUACACCAACCCGCAGGACUUAUUUGCCCGGCGGCACGCCUUUGACGGCGCCACCCCCGCGGGCGGCCUCAUCUUUGCCAGCGAGUAUGCGGUGACAGACGGCGGCGGCCAGGGCAACCUGAUUGGCGCGGUGGCGGAGGCGGCGUUCAUGACGGGCAUGGAGCGCAACAGCGGCGGCGGCGGCGCCGUGCUGGCCGGCGCCUACGCUCCGCUUAUGGUCAACGCCAACGCCCGCCCCUGGCCCACCAACAUGCUCGUAUUCGACAACCACAGGGUGUUUGGCAUCCCCAGCUUCCACGUGCAGCAGCUGCUGUCCCGCCACCUGGGCACCCAGCUUGUGGGCACGGAGGUGGCGGGCGGGGCCGAGGACUGGCUGGCGGCCAGCGCCACAUGCCAGAGCAAGAUGUGCGAUGAGGUGGCCGUCAAAGUGGUCAACUUCUCCCCCAGCCAGCAGCUGGUGGGCCUGCGCAUCAGGGGCCUGGCGGCUGGCUCCCUGGGCGCCACCGGCCAGCUGCUGGUGCUGGGGGGGCAGCAGCCGCUGGAUGAGAACUCGUUUCACGAGCCCCUGAAGGUGGCCACACGCACCGAGGCCAUCAGCGGGGUGGCGGAGCAGUUUGAGCUGGCGCUGCCCGCCUGGAGCGUGAGCGUGCUGAAGCUGCGCAUCGUGCCGCCGGCAGCCAAGAAGUAG